AUGCAACAAGAAACCGAAAGUUGUGUUUUGGACGAAGAUCCAUUGGAGGUAAGCAAUGAAAAAAGCGAAAACAAAUCGUCGCACGUGAGAGCUAUCCACCCAAGCAAGGAUCUAAAUAGAUAUAUAGUGGACAAGUUCCAUCAACCUACAGCCAAAUCAAAGGCCGCUCCUUUUGAAGCCAUCGAUCUUUCCAUCUAUAAACCUUCAGCUAGAUGCCUUGCUUUCUCGACAUCUGAAGAUCGCCUGUUAUUAUGGAUUGUAGCUUUCCAAUUUCGCUAUUAUGAAAUAACCGGAAAUGGAACCGAUUAUACUGUGAUAUGGGAAGAGCAAGACAACCCAAGCUCAACCUCGAAGUGCGAUAAAAUCUGUAUUCAUCUUUCAAUGAAUACAUCCACUGGCGAAGAAAAAUUGGUAACCAUUACAGUUUUUGAUACAACUGGGAGGAUCCUCGUGCAAGGGAAAAAAUAUGAUGAAUGGAGCAAAUUCGAAUUUCCGGUGAUGCUGAAAAUUGUCAACACUCUCAGCGAUCUUCAACCUCUCUCUUCACUCUCUUCAGUUGGAGAUGUUUCUCUCUUUGGAGCCUCGCUUUAAAACUUUUUUACGAAUUUCAUAACAUUUGUCAGAGAUGAUGACAUCCCAUCAUCAAAUAAUUUGGACGCCGAACUUCCCUCAACAACCAAACCGGAAGCUUUAUUGCCAACUGAAACACUAACAAUCUCGCCAACCCGUUUAAAGACAAUCUCAUCCAUGCGAGACACACUCGGGCAGCUAGAGGCAGAUUUUACAGAAUUUCAUAUGACCACUACCGGGGAUUUGGAACAGCUAAAAGACAAAACCGUUAAACAAGAUCACUUAAUUAAGCUACAAAAACAAUCAUCUGACGAUCUACUCAAUGAUUUUUCCUCGCAGAUUACAUCACUCCAAAAAAUAGUCUCUCAACAAUCAAGCAUCAUUAAAAAAUUGCAAGAUGAAAACCAGAACCUCCACAAGAAACACGUACAAAUUGACAAAGCAAAUCAGGCCCUGCAAGAAUCACAAAAUAAUCUGAUGACAGAAAUUCAUUUCCUUAAAGAACAAAUGACAGCGCUUUGGCAAAACUCGAAGGAACCUGACCCCCCCAGCCCUUCCUCACAACCCGAGUCUUCUUGCUCCGAAAACACCACUGACAGCGAACAAAAAAAUACGGACUGUGAGGCAUCUCGACUACCCAUCACAGCUCAAAAGCUUACAGUAAAUAUUCCCACGGAAAACAGGUUUUCGCUGCUCCAGAAUUGUGACACAUCUGACAGCUUAUCCAACACACAGCAAGAAAUUGUCUCGGAGACAAACACAGAAAAUAUGACUCCACCUACUCCACAAGACAUCGCGCCACCGCCGAUCCAAGCAUCAGUAAACAAUAAAGCCGUUUUUCUGUGCGAUUCGAAUGGAAAAUUUAUCGACAAAAGAAAGCUUUUUCAACCAACACAAGAUUUCACAUUCUUCAGAUGUCCCAAAAUUGAACACGCAAGGGCUAUUUUACAAAAUGAAAUUGAUAAAGAAUCGGCUGGACAUCCUCAAUUAAUCAUAAUCCACACCGGAACAAAUGAUCUUACUACAACCACGCCAAUAGACGACUUCAUCUCUGAUAUAUCUGUAUUAAUCACUCAAGCAUCUACAAAGUUCCCAAAGAGCAAAAUCGUUUAUUCAACUCUCUUGCCGCGAACUGACAUUCCCCUGCAUACUUUAUCCAAAAUAAACACAAACCUUAUUGACAGCUGCUCAAAACUACCAAACGUCCAUCUAGUUAAUCAUGACAAUAUCUUCUCCAAGGGAACUGAAGUGUUGCAUGACAGAAAACAUCUUAAAAAGACACCUUGGUUUGUUCGCAGCAAACUUAAAAGCAGCCAUUCGUGGUAGAGGAAAACCACCUCGCGCCAACUCCAGCCAAUUGUACCGAUCCUCACUCUCUUCGCCGCACUCGUUUCACACUAGCCCUUCGGAAGGCUAUCCUCCCUCCAGCAAUGGUGUUCGGAACAUACACAGCCAAGUCCACCAAACUUCGCGGCAGCAACAACCUUUACCUUCCCGUUUCCCAUAUACAACUUCCUCGGGUGAUGCCUCUUAUAGUAAUGCUGUUAAAAACGGUCACAACACCUACAACAUUCCGCAGUCACCGCAACAGCAACAGAACUUUCCGCCGCAACACUACAAU